UGAAUUAUUUUGUUUUGGUCCAAUAUUAAAGCUAUUUUUCAGCAAAUCUCAUUAUUCAACAAUUAAUAGAUUGGAUAUGUAAUUUUGAUUUCCGAUCUAUAAAUUUAAAAGAUUAAAGUUAGUGAAAAUAAUCAAAACAUAAUGUUUAUUUGCAAUACUAUCAAAACAACGGUAAAUCAACACAUUUUACAAUAAAUCUAAUAUAAAUUAAUAUUCAUUCCGUUUUAUAUUAAUUUUUGUUGUAUAAUAAAAAUUUUGUUAUAAAACAAAUAUCAUUUUAGGAUUUUAAUGCAAUUUCUAUUAUUAAUAGUUUUUUUUACCUUUAUAUAAACUAAAAAUAAAUGUAACAAAAUUUUAAUAGUUAAAUAAAGAAAAAAACUAAACAUUUGACAAUUUAUUAUUUUGAGUGAGAUAAUUUAGAACGACAUUUGAUUCGAAACAAAGAGAGUAUCAGAUAAUUAUGUUUCUGAAUUAUUAUUGAGUUUUAGUAGAUAUAAUAACCAUAAAGUCAUCAUUUGACUGGCGUAGCUGUUUUUAUUCUGUUUGAUCCUAUGGUUGAAUAACAAAAUAGUUAUUGAUUUUCACAUCACGUUACCAUUUUCAUUAUCCUUGCAUCAGAAAUCUUAUACUACCGGUCCUGAGAUAUUCAUGGUCCCAUACGAAAUACGAAACUGAGACCCCUAAAUACUAGUAUAUAAAAAUAUAUCGAUAAAAACUUAAGUUUAUAAUAAAAAAAUAUAAUAUCUUCAAAACUAAGAAAAAUUAUCAGUUCUUAAAUAUAGAUUUUCUUGUAUUUUCUUUUUGCAAAAUCAUCUAUCAAAUCAGUUAUUUUCCUUUUUUGUUGUCGUCACAAUUUUUUUUUCCUUUUUUUUUGCCUUUUAAUCCACUCAUAUUUAAUAAUACAGAAUAUAUAAAUUUUAAUUAUUUUUGUAUUAUAGUGAUGUUCCACAAUGUUUUUUUCUUAUCGUUUAUAUACACAUAACAAAUUAUCAAAUUGAUAUAAUUAUAAGUAAUGAAAUUGAAGAAAAUAGGUUCUAAAAUUUUGACAAAAAUAAUAGCCCCAUACGUUUGUAUCGUACGUUUUGGGUCAAGCCCGGGCCUGCUUAUACAAAUGUUUAUGUUUAUUUGACUUAACAUUAUUUCCUUUCUAAUUAAUAUUAUUGCUUGUGUAAUAAUUUAUGUUUUGUAGUCUUGUAUAACUAUGUAAGUUUAAUACAAUCCAAAAAAAACUAAUACGAUUUCUUUCCAAAUCAACUGCUUCCAUUUAGUUAAAUUUUAUUUUAUUUUAUAUUUUGAUGUCAUGUAUAUCUUGUCCUAUAUAUUCUAAAUUUUACUAAAAUGUACACGCACAAUUUCAUAUAUAAAUAGAGAUGAUAUUUACAUGUACACUACAAGUCUAUAAAAUGACAAAAUUCACGACUCUUGCGAUCUUCAUCGUCUUAUUUCUAGGGAUGGUGGCGAAAGAGACACAAGGACAGCAUAUCUGUCAUCAGAUUCUCUUAAACGACAACUGCGAUGGACCGACGUGCACAGCUCUGUGUGACCAGAAAUUGGGUGGAACUGGCCAGUGUUACCGAACCGUUGACAGACGCUUUAUUUGCCUCUGCAAUUAUAUAUGCAAGAGUUGAUUCUUUUCCUGUUUUAUUCUUAUCUAAAAAGGCUAUAUGAAUGUUAUAAUAAAAACUUUAAUAGCUUCUUGCAAUUGUUUUCAAUUCUUACAUGAAUGUGAGAUCGCAUUUGAACUGCCCUGGAUACUGAACUAUAGUUUUUUGGGUGCGUACGACGCUACUGAAACAUAGUCCAAAAACAAAAGAUAUAUAUAUCCACCUAUACAUCCGAUUUUAAUUGUUUACUAGAUUUUGAUCCGCAUUUUUAAAAGACAGGAUAAUUUUUCAUUAAAUUUUUUAUAUAAUCGUAUUUAUCUUUACUAAAGUCGCCAUUUACAUAAAAUCCGUAAUCCAAAAUCCAAACCGAACCAAACAAAAAAUUCGAUUCGUACCCGUUUCAAAAUGUAAGAAUACCAUAAUAGAUCUUGUAAGGUGAUACAAAAUAUAUUUGAAUCCAAAAGUUAUUAGCCGAACUCGAAUGGAUAAUCUGAAAAAAAAAACAAAAAUAUUCGGAAAACCAAUCCGAAUAUCCAAAUUUAGUUAUAAACAUAAAUAUUUGAAACAUAAAUAUGUAUUCAAAUAUUCAAUUAUGUAUUUAUUUUGAAAUUAUAUUUUAAAAAUAAGUAUUAAAAUUUUAAAUAAGUACCUUAAAUAUCUAAUUCUAUAUAAAUAAAUAAAUAUUUAUUUAUUAUGCGUUGUUUUUAAAUUUUAGAUUUAACUUUGGAUAUAUUCGAGCCGAACCAAUAUAAUCAGAAUUCAAAUGAUAUAUAGUUACUUAUGAAUUUUAGGAUGUGAUAUAAAUUAAAACCAAAACCAAUGUACUAUAUUUAAAUAUAUUCAGUGCUUAUAAAUUUACAAGAAUGAGAUCCGAAAUGUGAUAUAAAUUAAAACCAAAAUUCAGAAUAUCUAACUCGUAUCCUAAUGGUACCUGAACACUCAAGCCUAACCUACAGUAUGUAUUACUGUGCAUCGAGUUUAUACAUAAUUUAAGUUAUUCAUUUUAAACGGAGCGCUGGCUAUUUAGUGUAACCAAACAUUCCAUAUUCGUAUUUUUUAACAUUCUAUAUUCUUUGGUAAACUUUAUAAUAACAUUGGCAUAUAAUGUCUAAUAAAGAUGACGAAAGUUGUUAUCAGUAAUUUUUAAAAUAUAAUUUAUUAUAUAUCGCAUUAAAUGGAACCAGGUAUGAAAAAUCUUAUUUAAUAUCUAUAUUUGACCGAUAUAUUUGUUUAGAUUUACUUCUUUAAACCUUACCAUAUUUAAUAUAUAUUUAAGGGUAUAUAGUUAGUAAUAUUAUAGUUAGAUAAAAUGGUAUAGGAUAUAAUUUUUAAAAAAUAUUCUACUUAGAAUCAAGUUGUCCUUCAAAAUGGUUCCGAUAUUUCCUUAAAAAUGAUUGUACACAAAUUAAACGUAGAAUGUUUUUUUAGUAUGUUUUAGAAGCACUAUAAUUUUUUGUAUAAACAUUAUUAACGAUUUGGUAGUUGAAAUUUUAAAAGAGGGCUAACAACCUAACAUCAUUUGAACGAUCAGAUGGAAAUCAUUUUACAAUUAACACACAAUGUGCCACUGAGUGAUAUAAUCUAUAAUCACUGGAAACACGCUGCAUGGGAGACUCUCAAUAUAUCAAUAAAGUUCGAGUUGUUUACACCAUGGGUCACAUUCUGAGUUUGUCUUACAUUCAGAGACACAUUCAACAUUUGAGGCACUUUUCCUUGGCACUUGCUAGUUGAUCGGACAAUAAUACCCUAAAUGAGAGUUUUGUUUUUAAUUUCAACUUCAUUUAUUUAUUUGUUUGUAUCUCAAAUAUUGAUAAAUAUAAAUAAAUAAAUUUAAUGUAA